AUGGAGGGCGAUAAGAAUGAACUUCCUACGUACAGUGCCGCUAUUGGCGAGGCAUCAGCCCCUAGCGUGUUGAGGACACGGAACUCCGUCCUCCAACUUCCCCGCAGAUCGCGAGUUCUGCGCGUAUGUGGGAUAGCGUGCAUUGCCUUCAUCGUCUACGCGCAAUGGAGCUUAGUAACAUCCAGCUCAAGAAUUUCAGUCCCUGACGCCAACAUUCAUGGCCUCUCCAUUCAGCAACUUCAGGAAGACCUCGACACUUGCGUCAAGUUACACAAGACACCGGUGGAUCCUAUCGGGUAUGGUAGGGAACGAAAUGCCCGCUAUGUGGAUGGUCAUAGGCCUACAAUCAUCAAGAAUGCGACCGUCUGGAUUGGAGAACCAGCUCAAGGGACGAAAAACUUCACCUGGUCUCAAGCCGAUGUCUUCAUUGAGCACGGUCUCAUCAAGGAAGUCGCCAAAGACAUCCCAAUGCACAGCCUGAGCGAAGAUGUCUUGGUUUAUGAUGCAAAGGGUCGGCCCCUGACAAGCGGUAUUAUCGAUAUGCAUAGCCAUGCCGCAGUUCGGUCUUUGCCCACACUACAUGGCAAUGAGGAUGUCAGCGAGCUAUCCGCAGACAUCACCCCCUAUGUACGAUCCAUUGAUGGCAUCCAGCCUACGGAUCACCAUCUCCAGGUCAUCAAGUCCGGCGGAGUGACUACAUCUCUCAUUCUACCUGGAUCCAGUAACAACAUCGGCGGCCAAGCAUAUGUCAUCAAGCAUGCUGUCGGCCAGGCCGACGGUCGCAACGAGACCAGUGUAGCCGAUAUGCUUGCUGACCCGGAUCACACCUGGCGGUACAUGAAAAUGGCGUGUGGUGAAAACUCCAAGCAGAUCCACGGCAAGGCCGGCGAGCGAGGUCCAUACAGCCGCUUGGGUGAGAGCUGGGAGUUCAGGCGUGCAUUCGAGCAUGCCACUAAGCUCAAGCGUGAGCAAGAUGACUGGUGCAGAGCUGCUUCCAGUUCGCUAGAUAACGUGGACAAGUAUCUGCCUUUUGAUCUGGAAUGGGAAUCACUUGUCGCUCUGUUGAGAGGCCAGGUACAUGUGCACACCCACUGCUAUACGAUCAAUGACCUCGAGGCCUUUAUCGAUCAUACAAACGAGUUCAAGUUUCCAAUCAAGGCGUUUCAUCACGCUCAUCAGACAUAUCUUGUGCCAGAGAUUCUUAAAAGAGCAUGGGGAAAUGACCCCCCUGCGUCAGCUCUCUUUGCCGAUAACAUGUGGUACAAAGCUGAGGCGGCAAUCGGCUCCGAAUAUGCCGGCAAACGCCUCUACGACGCCGGUCUCGUUCCCAUCUACGUUAGCGACAACCCUGUCCUAAACGCUCAACACGUCGUCUUCGAAGCCGCCAAAGCCUACAAGUACGGGUUGCCGUACCACGCUGCUCUCGCAUCUGUCACGAGCGCUCCUGCUGAGCGUCUGGGCCUUGGCAAGCGACUGGGUAAGAUCAAGCCCGGUUUUGAUGCGGAUAUCGUGGUGUGGGAUAGUGACCCGUUGAGUGUGGGCGCAAGUCCGGUCCAAGUCUGGAUCGACGGCGCUGCCCAGUACGAAAAUCCGAUUGAGCUGAAGAAGCCCUUUGAAGGCACCAUUGUGCCUGAUGAAGACUUGGGUAACAUUGACGAACAACCAAGAACGGUCACAGGCGACCUCGUCUUCACCAACAUCUCAAGCAUCCUUCUUCCCAUGGAUAUAGAUGGCUUUGCUGCCGACGGAAAGACGUACAAUGUUGCUAUUUCACAUGGCAAGAUCACAUGUGUCGGGCGCUGCGAUGCAGAGCUGAAUGCAGCAUCUAAGCUCAAGGACGCAGUAGUCCACGUGGACAAUGGCUAUCUUUCCCCAGCUUUCACUGCCUUCGGGUCUACUCUAGGUCUCAAUUAUAUUGAGACAGAGAAAGCUACAGAUAAUGGCGCUGACGGCGGCCGUUUCAGUCGCGGCAUCGACGGGCUUGCUCUUGGUACGGAAAAGCUUCGCGUUGCUUACCGUUACGGCGUCACCCGAGCCAUCUCAGCGCCGAAGUUCACCGGCGGCGGGACCCACCACGGCACCAGCGCGGGGUUCUUGGCCGGAGCUGAGACCGUGCUCGACGCGGGAGCCAUCUUUUCCCGAGACACUGCGCUUCACUAUACCUUGGACCUCUCCGCCAAGAGUGGUGUGGCCGGAAUCUCAACCAUGUCCUCUGCAGUUGGUGAAAUACGCCUCAAGCUGCUCGAAGCCGUGGAGUCAUUAGUACGCAAAGAGACGCUCGGAAUUAAAGAAAGAUACUCAGAAGUCGCAUUCCUGCGCAAGGUGGUUCAGGGAAAGAUGCCCCUUGCUGUGACGGUACACAGUGCUGAUACUAUUGCGGCCUUGGUGGACGUCAAGACCUCAGUUGAGCAAGCCAUGAAAGAGAUUCAUCUAGAUGGGGUUCUCCGGCUCGUCAUCAUCGGAGGAGCUGAAGCACACCUAGUGGCGGAUCAGCUUGCAGCAGCUGGAGUUGGCGUGGUACUUGCCCCGUUGCAAUCAUAUGCGAUUUCAUGGGACCAAAGGAGAGCGCUAACCGGAGCUCCUUUAACAAAUGGCACAUCCAUCGAUGUUCUUCUCAGUGCAGGCGUUAUCACUGCCCUCGGGUUAGAGGAAGACUGGCUCGUCAGAGAUCUUGGUUUGCUCGCUGGCGUGGCGUACAGAAACGGAGAAGGCAGGAUCAAUGAGAAAGACGCCAUUGAUUUGGUUUCUAAGAACUUGGAAACCUUACUUGGCGUCACGGGAGAUGCUCAUGAGCAUUUUGUUAUACAUCAGGGGAGUCCGCUUGACAUCGGUUCCAGGGUGAAGGCUGUUAGUGACCAAACGGGUAAACUUUACGUAGGUUGA